AUGGAGUUUAAAGCAGGUAUGGAAUCAGUUGAUCUCAAUGAGAUCAAUAUGUUGUUGGAGCAAUUCACAGAGGGUACACAUUUUCAAGAGAAAAUCAUUAGAGAUGAAUUGAAAACACAACAGAUCAUCAGUGAAUCAUUGGAGAAGCUAAAGGAAGUACCAGACACCGAUGAGUAUCGAGAGAAAGUUGACAAGUAUCUCGAGCAACUCGUUGAAUCAAAGGAUCUGACACGUACAUUCCUCUACAUCGAUAUGGAUGCCUACUAUGCGCUGGUCGAAGAGAUGGAUGACCCUUCGAUUCGUGGGCUACCGGUGGCUGUCGGUAGCAUGGAUAUGCUAGUGACAUCAAACUAUCUCUCUAGAAAAUAUGGAGUGCGAUCUCGUAUGCCUGGAAUGUUUGCUCUCUCACUAUGCCCAACACUCGUAAUCAAACCGUCGAGAAUGGAUCGAUACCGUGAAGUAGCUGACACUCUACGUGAAAUCUACAGCGAAUUCGACCCUGACUUUGUUUCGAAAUCGCUCGACGAAGGUUGCAUGGACAUCACCAAAGUCUUACAGAACAAUCCACAUGUCUCCCCGCUUGAAAUGGCUCGGCUUUGUCAAUCAAAGAUAUUUGAGAGAACAACACUGACUUGUGGUGUAGGUGUGGCACCAUCACCGCUUUUGGCAAAGUUGUGUAGUGAAGUAAAUAAACCGAAUGGAUAUUUUGUGUUGGAUAAGGAUGAAACAAAGAUGAAAGAAUUCCUGGCGCGUACCUCUAUCAAGAAAGUACCGGGAAUCGGUAAGCUAAGACAACAGUUGUUAGAAUCACUGGGACUCGAUACCAUCGAAGAUAUCUAUGAUAACAGAUAUGAGUUGUAUCACUUGCUGCCUACAACCUAUAUGGAUAUCCUUUUUAAGCAUGCACAGAGCGUACCUAUCUUUCCAGAGCCAUCAUCAUUCUUUAGACUGAAGAAACGAAACAUGAUAUCGAAAGAGAAGAACUGUAAAGAGAUCUACGAUGAAAAAGAGAUGGACGAUUUAAUGAAAGAUUUAUAUAUGAGUGCAAUUUCCACUGUUUUAAAAGAGAAUGUUUUUCCAACAGGAUUGAUAAUUAAAAUGGUUGAUUUCAAAUUCAAAGUUACAAAUCAUACAUUUUCACUGACAAAGUCUGCUAAGGAACCAGUGUUGGAUGAAGAUGGACAGGUUUUGAAUGAUUCACUAACAGCAUCGCCGAUGUCUUCUCCUGGUUCCAGUCCAAAGGUUAAAGGAUCAAGGUCACCCAUUAGAACUAAAGAUAAAACCCUUACUCUAAAAGAUAAUUUCAAUUUGAUCUGGGAACUCUUUGUAAAAGUUGGAAAGUCAGUGCCAUUCGAUAAUAUAAGAUGUAUUGGUUUGAAACUCGUCAAUCUUGUCGCUAUCAAAGAGGAACUCGAUCCAUCAAUCAACUUUUCACUACAAUCGUAA